UGUUGAUAAAGUCCACCUUUUUUAUAUCUCUGUUGUUGUAUCCUUACAUAUAUGUAGUAUAGAUGGUAAAACUUUCAUCUUUGUUGGGUUGUGUUUCUUGAUCAAGGUAAUAAUGAUCUUUUCUUGUUUUUCUGUAAAGAAAUUUUGGGGAAAAAAAGUUAGUUUUUUCUUGUGUUGCUUGUGUUUGCUGUGAUUUUUUGCUUGUAGUAACUUUAUGAAUGCUCGAAAACAGCGUUUCUACUUCUUCGGAGGUAGUGGUAUGGACUGCGUACACUUAGCCCCCAAUAUGUGGGAAUACACAUGCUAUGUUGUUGUUGUUGUUGUAGUUAACUUUGUGAAUGGGUGGAUGCAGCUGUUUUGAAUAUGUGAAAUUGUGAGAGAAGGGGGUUGCUUGGAUGGUAAGCACCCUCCACCUCCAAUCAUGAGGUUGUGGGUUCGGGUCAUCAAGGGAGCAAAAAGGGCGGGAGCUCCUAAGGAGGGGUGGAAAAAGAGUGAAAUUGUGGGGUUUGGGUAAAAUAGCUUGCUUUCUUUUCUUUUGUGUGGAUUGUUUUCUUAGGUUGGGAAUGCUUUUCUUAGAAUCUUGGGAUGAGCCUAGUUUAGCUAAUAAGGAAGCUCUUAAACCUUCUUGACUUUGGGUGACCAAAAUAGCUUUGGAGUCUAGAGAACUGCAGAUAUUCUAUUGCCAAGAGAACUGCAGUUUUUUAACAAAAAGAUGUCUUUUGAGGAAUUCAGAGUUUUAUCUGCUGAAGGCAUUGAAUAGCCAUUCUGAUAAGGAACCCCGUGAAUGCAAUUUUUUUUUUGUUGUUGAUAACCAUGGUAUUUGAACUAGCUUAUGCUCACCUUGAUUAAUUUUGCUUGAAUGCAAUUGGCUGCUAAUUAUACUAUAAAAAAAGUUCCUAAUUCUGGUCUUAUUGGCAAAAUAAUCAAUUUUAAGAAUUUAUUUCUGGUCUUAUUGCCAAUUCUUACCUAAUUCAAGUGUUGCUUACUUAACAUGCUGAGAAAGAUUAGCGGAGAAAAAGAUUGUGAUUUCCUUGGAAGGAAGAGCAGAUAAAAUCUGUGUCUUUAAGAGAAAAAUUGUGAGGCCUAGUCACACAUUUAAUAUGAAGUCAUUAGCAAGUAAGGUUGACACUAAAAUUAAUAUAUCUCUGUUGAAAAGCUUCUUUGUGUGCCUUAGGUCUUGUUUUUGAUCCUAAUAUCAAGGAGGCUAGCAUAUUAAGUAGCGGUACUACUUUGCACCAUGACCUCUUCUCUUAAAAAUUCUUCUCUGUCUUUGCAUCCAUGAACUGAGGUGAGAACCGCAAGAUUAGAUGGUUGUAAGGACAUUCCGUCAUACGUUUGCAGAUGCUUUGGUUACACAAAUUCAUGAAACCUAGCAGGGUUUUGGAAAACAAUUGCAUCUCCACUUUGAACAGCUCGUUUGGUCUCUUGGGCAGCACGCAAAAUACAAAAGUCAUAAACCUUCCCAUUAGUCCCUUGUGUCUGAUUGAGAAUUUGAGAUUGAAGUUGGUGGCUGACGUGACUGAAGAGAAUUAUUUAAUUCUGUGCAACUCAAGAAUUCACCAUAAUAGUGCAACGACUUGUCACUUUUGCAGUUGGGAAAGCUAUAACACCUCACGAAACUGACUUGAAAGAAUCCCCGUAAACUUGACAACCUAUUCUGAGAUGGACUUGAAAGCUAUAUCUUGGGUGGGAAACGUAUACCAAAAGUUCGAAACUAUGUGUUUGGAGAUGGAAGAGGCUAUGUACCAGGACACUGUUAAAUAUGUCGAAAAUCAGGUGAACAUUGUUGGUACAAAUGUCAAGAGAUUCUAUUCUGAGGUGAUGCAAGAUGUUCAUCCUCAAUGUAGUAUUGAUCCUGUGAAAGUUGCAGCUGCUGACUUGUCUCUGAACCCUUAUGCUCACUAUGAAAUUGAUAAGAAGCUGAAAGCAAACCUUAAAGGAAGUGACAGAGGUUUCAGUAACAAAUUAAAUGAUGAAACUCAAGUGAUCAAGGGGAAAAUCAAAAGUGGAGGAGUCUAUAAACGUCAAAAUGUUGGGAUCAAAGAAAUUGUUAGAGACAGCCAUCCAGCUAAGAAGUCUGAUACAACCUGUCUUGCAUCAGGGGAUGCAGUAAAAUCAUCUUCACAUUCUGAGGUUAGGGGUGGUUUUGAAAUGGCAUCUGACCACGUGACCCUGACUUCACCCCUGGCCUCAGUUAAAGGAUCUGACUCUGGACAAGCAGCAAGUAAAGUUUGUGAUCACAUUGUACAAACUAAUGUGCCUGCAGCUGAUACUUCAAUUAACUCUGCGGCUUCUGUCAUGAUGUCGGUUGAAUCUGAUGGGAAGAAGCAAAUAGCAGAUACAUGUACAAAGGAGUUGGCUCGUAAUACAAGAUUGGAAAUUAGCAGUAAUUCUUGGAACAAUGAAUUAGCUAAUGAGGAGAUCAAUGAGCUCCAUGAAGAAAAAUCAGACAAUUUGUCUUCUUCUACGUCCAAGUAUGUCAACAUUGAGUCAGAAUUGGAACUUGUUGAGAACUUUGAUGUAUCCCAGUUGGAGGAAACAUGUGUCCUGGUUGAAAAGUACAAGAUUCGUGUUCCACAUGGCCCAGCCAAACUUAAGUCCUGUAAGAAGAAGCUUCGGGAAGCUUUCUCUACGAAAAAGAGGUUGACAAGAAAAGAGUAUGAACAACUUGGAGCACUAUAUGGAGAUCAACAAUGUAACCUAGAGGCUGAAGACAGGGUGAUGCCUGUUCUUGCCAUGAAUUCAAACACAAAAAUGCUGUCUGCUAAUGAUCAUCCUGAAUCUGAGUGGGAGAUUUUAUAGUUCUGAUGAUGCUGUAAAUAGUAUUGUUUUGCUUUUUCCAAUCAAUCCAUGGCAUCCUAGAUAAACGAAGAUUGAUAUUAUUAUGCAUUAUUCGCCUUGUAAAGUUGCAUGAGGUAUCAACAAUCCGUUCCUCUAGUAGUGCUAGCUAGUAAAUAAUACAUAGUGGUACCUUGAAGAAACCAACCCAUAUGUGAGGUAUGGCCACAUUGUAGCCGAUCUUGGCAUUCUCAUGAAUUAAAAUAUAUAUGGAAAGCUUUUUCAGUGUUA